AGCUUAUGUUCAGAUUUCACAGCUGCGAUGAACCAGAGGAGGAUGUGGAAACCGACGUUUAACGGUCCUUUGUCGGCUUUUUAAGUACACGAAACGACUUUUAUAGGUAGAUGAAGAGCGAGUCACAGCCGACGAUAUGAUUUCAGCGGCGUACUUGUGGUUUUUCUUGAUAAUUGCGUCGGUCGGAGCAGCUAAGACUGGAGGGGACGAUGAGUGGGUUCAUCUUCCGAACAAAUGUGAAGUGUGUAAGUUUGUCAGCAUCGAGAUGAAGUCGGCGUUCGACGAGACGGGGAAGACCAAGGAAGUCAUCGACACGAACUAUGGCUUCAUAGACAGCAAGGGGACGGCGCCAAUCAAAUAUGUCAAGUCAGACCUCAGAUUCAUCGAGGUUGUAGAAAAUGUGUGUCAGAGGCUGUUAGAGUACAAUCUGCACAAAGAGAGAACUGGUAGUAACCGCUUUGCCAAGGGCAUGUCGGAGACCUUCUCCACCCUUCAUGGUUUGGUGAAUAAAGGAGUGAAUGUGGUGAUGGAUAUUCCCUACGAGCUGUGGAACGAGACGUCAGCAGAAGUGGCCGACCUUAAAAAACAGUGUGAUGUGUUGAUAGAGCAGUACGAGGAGGUGAUUGAGGACUGGUACAAAGGAAGUCAGGAGGAAGACCUGACCACUUAUUUGUGUGAGAAACACGUCCUCAAAGGACAGGACAAAGCCUGCCUGAGCGAGGAUUGGACCAAGAGGAAGAAGGGAGACCAGGCGGCCAUUGCGGAGGACAAGAAGAAGAAGAAGAAGACAAAGAAGACUGGAGUGAAGAAGGGAAAGGGCAAGAGUGAGGAGGGAGAAGUGCGAGGGGACGGCAGCUCCGAGGGAGAGAAGGCGACCAAGAAGAAGAAGGAGAAGAAGGUGAAGAAGAAGAAAAAGAGCAAGGCCCCGGUGGAGAAGAUGGACGGAGGGAUGACGUCGGACGAGGAGGUCCAGCCACAGAUGCCUCUGUCCGGGCAGAAGAUGGAGCUGUGAGCCCUGGUUCCUGUCUGGACCUGGAUGAGCCCUCCUUAAUGAAAGUAAACUCUUAGUAAACGCAGUCUGCAGCUUCUUUAAACGUCUUCAACUGUUGUCAACACUGAGGCUCAAAUCCGUGCAUUUCCUGAUCAGAUCUCGUACUGGUACACGGUUUUUAAUAUUCGUCGCAUUUGUAAAUGGCCAUGGGUUUUUGAAAAUUAAGAUUCAUCUUGGUGGAACUUGCAGGCACCCUUAAUAACUUUAAUCUUCGCUUCAGAGUUAAUACCAGUUUAUAUUACAGCUUGGGUGUUAUUUUCAUACCCUUCGUUUAUAUUGGUUAUGUUGCGUUAUAAUUGCUGAGAUCUGGGAGCAUGUUGACCUCACAGAAAUUAAAUUCACAGGGCAAGAAACACGACAAUCUGACUGCUCGUUAACAGCGCUACACAGAUGUUUUUUUUAUUUAUUAGAAUCAAUUAAAAAAAUAAACAGAACAGUUGUGCAGGAAGGAUAUGCCUAUAAUUCAGUCAACAAAACUAAUCGGCAACAAUGUGGAUUAAUCAUUUAAGAUGUUUGUUCUGUUGCCAAAUGUGAUGCGUUGCUGUAUUUCUCUGGUUUAAAUGACAAAACUUGCGAAGGGAAUUUUUUAAUUUUUUUUUUUUUGCCAUUUUAUCAACAAAAAUCCAUCAAUUAAUCCAAAAGUAAUUAAAUGCAUCAUUAGUUGCAGCAACGCAAACACUGGAACCUGUGUACUUCAAUGAUUUUGAACUUGACCGUCAGAGCUCCAGAUCUAAAAGGAUGUUUAGUUUUCUUUCCUACUCUCUCCGUUGAAUGUAGAUGUAGAUUUGCAGUGGGAUUUAUGCUGUGUCUCCUCAUAAUGUGAAUUUUCUGUUUUUAUAAAAAAAAUCUUGUAUUUACUUAUAUAUUCCAUCUGAAAACUGGGACUUUACGAUCUUCGGAUUGUGUUUCCUGAGAAGGGUAACUUAUCCGUCAGCACUCUACCUGUAUAUAAACCAUUCAUUGAUCAUGAUACAGAAUUGCAUUUCUUUUUUUAAUUUUUUUUUUUAUAUUUCCGUAUUUCACACUGUUUUAUAUCAGUAGAGGAAAGUGACAACCAGAUCUGACCUUUGUAACCAUCUCAAGUAAUGCAGGCCAGAUUAUUAUUUAAUAUCCUUAAAGUCUCAGAUUCGUUGAAAUUCCCCUUUAAUGAGUAAAUACAACAUGAGGUACUUUUUUUUUUUUUUUUUUUCCUAAAUGUCAGUGAUAUGUGUUUCUUUAAUUUGUCAUUUAUUGUUUUGUUGCUUCUUGUGUGUGCUGUACAAAAGCUGCUAUUUAAGAGUGUGUCUCUGUGUGUGUUUGUUGAUUCCCAAGAUGAAGGGGGGAGGUGUGUGUGUGUGGGCGUGUGUUUGCGCGUGUGUGGGCGUCUGUGUGUGGGCGUGUGCGUGCGCGUGCAGAUUUUUAUUCUGUAUUAAAAUGCUGACUGUGUUGUAUUGGAGUUGCUUUUACCAUGAGCAAGCACAUGAGUGGAUCAAUAAACACAGGUUUGAAAACUCUGUAAA